AUGUAGUAGAAUCUUCUUGAAAAUUCCUGAUCUUUUGUUGUUGUUGUUUGAUUGCGUUAUAUUAUGUUGAAGUGUGGUUGAAAUAGUUGUCUAUAUGCUAUAUUUGUGAAGGUUUAUCUGUACUAGCAUAAUAAUGUUAGGAGUAAUAGUUUCAGGACGACUUGUACAAACAAACUUCCAACAAGUAGGAGAAAGUCAGUUCUUAAUUAAUAUUGAGGAUGCUGACAAUAUAAAUCAUUUAGUUGUUUUUUUAACCGGGACUAUACCUCUGCCAGACAGUUAUGCUGCGUCAGUACAUUUCAGUUGGCCUGACCCUACAGCCCCACCAAAUUGGCAAUUACUUGGAUAUAUUUCAAACACUAAACCUUCUGCUAUAUUCAAGAUCUCUACUUUGAAAAAGCUAAAUGAGAUGGAAAGUUCUAAUUACAAUUUGUUUGGUAAUCAACAAAUUUCACAUAUUGCCCAGAUAGGAGUUCAAAUCGAACCAGAAGCAAAUGUAUUGCAGCAAACUACGGCAACUGCCAGUACGAAGUCAUAUCUAACAUUUGGUCAGAAAAUGCUUGAAAACUUUUUUAAUUAUGUUAGUAGUUUUGCUAUUACACAAAGUAAUAUGGAACCCAAUCCGCAAGAAACCUAUGUGCCCUUAUCAACACUACAAAAGUGGUAUACCAAUUUUGAAAGAAGACUUGAACAAAAUCCCAAUUUUUGGAAAUCUUGAAAAUAAAAUAUGAGGUUUUAUUAAUUUUUAUAAGUUAGAAUUUUCUUAAUUAAGAAAAUUUUGGCAUAUAAAUAAAUUGUAAAUAAAUAAAUAUGUUUAA